GUUCUUAGUUAUACAAUUCUUCUUUAUGGUGCUUGUCUUUUGGCCUCAUUCAUUUUUGCAUUCCAGGGGAAGGCAAUGAAUUUGAGCUUAGUUCUAAGCCUGGUGCAGAACCGGUUAAUCUACUGGGCCAGCGUGCAGUAAUGAUAUGGUAUAGAUCUCUCAGCAGUACAAUCCCAUUAUCUUAUUCUUUAGCCAUCUCUUUUCUAGUUUGUCACGUGGCCAGAGAGGCAAUUUUGCCCACAGAUAUUUUAAAGUGGGCUAUUGAAGGAAAGCUUCCAUAUUUUGCCGCCUAUGUUGAAAUUAAGAAACAGCUUGGAUCUCACUCCAAGGCUUGUCCUAUCAGUGUCAGUCGUAUGUUCAGACCCAUCCAUGUUGUUUCACCACAGAAAUUGGAAUCAAUGGCAGCUGAUAUUGCCCGCAAAAUUCAGUUGGAAUUGCCUCCGGUGAACUUCUAUGCUAUAGCUUCUCGUUAUUGCAGGCAAUUAUCUCUUCCUACCAGCCAAAUACUUUCCGUGGCAUGCCACACUUGUGAAUGGUCCAUGCCUCCCGAAUUGUAUAUGUCGGCUAACGAGUUCAGGCUGCCCACGCGAGUUUGUGUGAUGUCGAUACUUAUUGUAGCAAUAAGAAUUCUUUUCGAUAUUAAUGGUUAUGGAAAAUGGGAAUCAAGUUUGUCUAGUUCCUUGUUUUCAUUAUCUCAGUGCAGAAGAAAUGGAGAUAACAAACAUCAAUGCUCUAAUAAUUUAACCGAUGAUACUAAGGACUUGUUAUUAAAUGAUUUAGUGCCUGAUGACGUUAAACCAGGUGUUCGGGAUGCUAGAUUGGGUGUUGUAGAGCUUUUAAAGAUUCUUGAAACAAAAUACAAUGAGCUGGGUGAUGUAUAUGAGUAUUCCCGAGACUUGCCUUCAUAUCUUCAGUAUUGUAAGGAUGUGGUUUUUUCCGGAUUACAACCAUCUUUUGAGGAUCAUGAAGAAGAGAAGUUGAUAGAAGAUUUAUGGGACUUCUAUCAAAAUUCGAAGGAUGCUGGAACUUUAGACGACGUAAAAGUCAGUUGCUUGCCCAACAAGAGAUCAAGGGAUUUCAACGUUAAUAGAGAUGAGGCUAUCAAAAGAGUUUGGGACGAUCCUAUAUUGUGUGAGUCAUCUCAAAAGGAUAGUACACCACAUCAUCUACAUAAUGACUCGGAAGAUAUCUUGGUUCAGCAUAAAUUUUCUUACAGUGAUCAAGAUCCAGCACACGGAGUCCGAUCUUCAAUGGAAUCCUAUAAAGAUAGAGCAAUAAGAGAGUUAAAGUCUGAUAUGGAAGAGAAUAGAUUCUGUUAUAUUCCUCCAAGAGUUAAUAUCAAGAAUAAGGACUAUGUGCACUAUGUCAGGAAAAAGGACGGAGGUGCCUACAUAUAUGCUGUACACGCAGAUUAUUAUAUCUUGCUUCGGUCAUGUGCUAAGGUUGCUCAGGUUGAUAUUAGAACGAUGCAUAAAGGAGUGUUGAGUUUUGAGAGGAGACUGAAAUGGCUGGAAAAGCGAAUUGAUCAUUCCAUGCAUUUGAAACAAAAUUCUAAUGACUUCUGUGACUAUUGUUGCGAUGAGGCUGUGAAAAAUACUGGAGAUGAUUCUAUGCCAUUUUCACAGUCGAAUACGUAAAUAAUAUUUAUUUAUUUCUUUGGAAGCCAUUUUCAUUCUUAGGCUCUUUUUUAUGUACAUAUCGUUAUUUUCUUACGAAUUGAUUGUUGGUCGCUAGCAAAAGUAAGAAUUCUUGGUACUGUUUGUCAGCAAAAAAAGAGCUGUUCAUGUUCCAUCGAGCACUGCUAGUGGACUCAUUCUGUUGUGCCGAAUUGGUGUGUGCAAUUUUGUAUCCCAGUUGGGUAUACCUUUCCUCUUA